AUGCCCGGCUACCUCAAAGUCCGCCGUCCAUCCCCGACGACCGCCUCCUUCACCGUUUCUAACGCUUCCCAAUGUACGAGCACCCCCGCCAAAGCUCUCUCCCACCUCCAGUUCCUGCUGCGCGCGUUUAUAUUCGUCACUGUCCUUGCUGUCUGCGCGGCGCGAUUGCGAUCCUCGUUUUUCGCGGAAGAUGGGUCUUGGGUGCGGUGGACGGCCGUAUGGACGAGUCCGUUUGGCGAACUUGCUUGUCGCAUUGCGGAUUCGUAUAGUCCUCUGGUAGUGACAGUUGUCAGUGUGGUGGCUAUGUAUGGGGUUUUUAGGAAGGGGUAUACAGAAGAGUCGCUUCUUGUCAUACGGGGUCUGGGGAUUCAGACGUCUACUUCUUCGAAUACGUAUCUGUCCAAGGCCACGACGCGGUUUAUUCCUACCGCCGAGAUUCAGGAUAUUGUGAUUCAUGAGGCGUUUAAGGGGUUUGAGGUUCGGUUUUAUCUUGCUGUUAUUGUGGAGGGGGAGCGGAAUGUUGUGGUUGUCUUUCCGAAUCUACUACCGAGGCGAGCAAUUCUGGAGGAAGUUUGGAGAGGCUCUCGGCAUUGUCUGUACGAUGCGAAAUGA